GACUUGUCGAACGACGACGUCUAACCAUAAGCUCUGUCAUCGGAGGACACCGCCGCGAUGCUGCUCCAAGUGCUGCUGACAACCCUCCUCGCCUGCGUGGCGCAGGUCUGGGCCAUCACCGUGUCGACCACUUCGGCCUCGUAUGUGAUCGACGCCCAGAGCGAGAACGCCUUUGUCGUUACCAUCAGCCGCAGCACGUGCGACAUCACCUCGCUGCGGUACCGUGGCAUCGAGUAUCAGUACUCUGGCCAGUUCAGCCACAUUGGCUCGGGCCUCGGCAGUGGAACCGCAGUUUCCUACUCAACGAGCCCUUCUGGCAACACCGUCAUCGUCCGCUGCGGCCAGACGGGUAAUGGCUUCAACCUGGCGCACUACAUGGUCCUGCGCCACGCGGAGCCUACCAUAUACAUGGGCACGCAGACCAACGCGGAGCCCAGCAUCGGCGAGCUGCGCUACAUCUUCCGCCUGACCGGCCUCUUCAGCUCGUACCCGUUCGGUGACGCCUCCAACACCGUCGGCAGCACAUCUGCCGUCGAGGGUAGCGAUGUCUACAUCGUCAAUGGCCAGACGCGCUCCAAGUUCUACUCGUCCGAGCGCUUCAUCGACGACCGCGUCUACUGCUCGACCGACAGCGGCGCCACCGUCCAUGCCUGCUUUGUCCGCCCCAACCACCAGGCCACAGAGAAGAGUUCUGGCGGCCCCUUCUUCCGCGACAUCAACACCAACCCGAACGGUGCCUACACCUCUCUCACCUACUACAUGAACUCGGGCCACGUCCAGACCGAGGCCUUCCGCCAGGGCUUCCACGGCCCGUAUGUCUUCACCAUGACUCGCAGCGGCAUCCCCAGUGCUGGAUCAUUCGACCUCUCCUGGUUCGACAGCCUAGGCCUCCAGGGCUAUGUCCCGAUCAGCGGCAACCGCGGCUACGUGUCCGGCACUGCCUCUGGCGUCUCGACGGCAUUCCCCAUUGUCGUGCACUGGUUCAAUAGCGGCUUUCAGUUCUGGACCUACGCGAGCUCCAACGGCGCCUUUGGGUCCCCUCCCAUGCCUGCAGGCACCUACACCAUGAACCUGUACCAGGACGAGCUGCUUGCCGCUACAGCCAGCGUCUCUGUCACUGCUGGGAGGACCACGAGCCAGAACAUCGCCGCCACCAAUCCAAUCAUCACCCAGACACGCACAAAGAUCUUCCAGCUGGGCGACUACGAUGGCCAGCCCACAGGCUUCCGCAACGCCGCCAACCAGCUCCGCAUGCACCCAUCAGACACCCGCAUGGCGAGCUGGACGCCCGGCACUGUCCCGUCCAACCAGCCCGGCACCUGGCCAAUGGCAAUUUUCAAGAACGUCAACAACGGGCAGAAGAUCUCCUUCUCGCUUUCCAGCGCCCUAGCCCGGGCGACCACGCUCCGCAUCGCCACAACGCUCUCCUUUGCGGGCGGCAGACCCCAGGCCUCCGUCAAUGGCUUCACCUGCCCUGCGCCGAGCGCGCCGCCCAAGAUCGACAGCCGGGGCGUCACACGCGUCGCGUACCGCGGCAACGGCGAGGUGUAUACCUGCACCGUCCCCGCGGGUACACUUGUCGCCGGUGCCAACACGGUGACAAUCAACGUCAUCUCCGGCAGCGACGGGGCUACCUUUCUGAGUCCCAAUGUGGUCUUUGAUGCUAUUGAGCUCUUCUACUGAGGCAGGGUCGAGAUUGCCAAACUUUGCUCGAUUCCCGGGUUGAUUUCGCGCGCUCCGUGUUAUUCUUCCGUAGCGUCGUAUACAUAUUCGCAGACACAAAUGUUCUCUCCAUUCGUUGUACAUAAGUUCAAGCCACGCAAUGCGUACAAAUCAACCACACAAUCAUGUUCUUCGACCCUGCCUAUACUUGUUACAGAACUUGGCAACGCUUUCAUAGACAUGAGGGCAGAUUUAAUAGCGUGGAACUGGCGGCUGUUGAUGCUCGUGACUACAAAGCACUGCCGGGGAAUAACCAUACAG